AUGUCGUUAGAACGGGUCGAGCCGGAGCAAUACUUUCUGCCUCCCACUCCUUAUGUCCCAAAUAGCAAGCUUCCCAUCCUCGUCUACCGCAAUGCUUUAUCUGAUACAAGCCCGCGAAAUAUCCUUAAUAUCAUCGAACCUAAUGGCUGGAUUCAAGGAGGCCAGUGGAAGACCUACAAGGUCCCUCACUUUCACACACAGUGCCACGAGUGCUACGGUAUCAUUAAAGGAGGGUCCAACUAUCUACUUGGUGUUGGGCCUAAGGACCCUGAGGUCGAUGAGCAAGGCCAUCCUUACGGAAUGAAAUUGACGGUUCAGAAAGGGGAUGUCUUUGUGCUGCCGGCGGGAAUAUGCCAUGCAUCGCUAGAUUCAUGGGACGACUACGAGUUUAUCGGUCUGUAUCCUAAUGGCAUCUUGGAGGCGACCGGUCAUCGCUUCGAUAUGAACUACGGGCUGAAGUCACCGGAAGAGACUACCUCACUUAUGCGCCAGAGCGAGAAUGUCUCAAUUCCGCCACUAGAUCCUUUGUAUGGCUUGGAUGGUCCGUUGCCGCGGCUUUGGAGCAGGGCAGCUAAGGAGAACUUCAUCGGUGCUCGUAUUUGA